AUGCAGCUUAAAUUGAAGAAGAUUCUUGUGAGGCAUACGUGUUUGAAAUCCAAGUCAGUAACAAACUUGGCAGAAGCCUCAGCAGAUCCUCCAAUUGAUGGGACACCCCCCCAGGUGACAGCAGCAAGUCUCCCUUUGCCUCCUGUGGAUAUUCCACCUCCUGCACCUGCAGCAGACACUGAGGAAGCAGGUGCAGCUGGUGGACCAUCUGACCCCCUUGAACGCUACCCAGCCAAUAUCCCCAUCCCACCUGAGGAAAGCUGAUUUGCCUUAGAGAUGAGAGAGAGAGAACUAAGAGAAAAAUUUUAUAUGAAAACAGGUUUCUUUGCCUGAUUUUUCCAGCUAUGUUCUUCCAUUGUUGCUCUCUGGCAUUGCUCAUUGCCUCAACCGGGAAAAGAUUGAUUACAACGUGACUUCUCGAUGAUAUCCCCGUGUGAGUCUCAUCAAUGGCUUGUGAUAUGCCUUCAGAUCUUUCAUUUUUGCAUUCUCCUCCCUUUUUAUUGGAAGACUCCCAUCAUCUUUCUUGCACGUCAGGAACCUCAUCAACAUCAUUCCAUGAAACCCAUAAUAUGGAGAGUUCAAUAAUUUUUUCUCAAGGCUUUGACUUAAUCCUGAGAUCUCCAGUUGUGGAUGUACAAGUUCAAUACUCUCUGCUUCACAGCUUUUCAUCAGGUGGAUUAUCAUUCAUGUCAUUCAAGACCUAUCAGCUCAAAUAUAUCCAAUGUUGGAUAUUUUAUGGAAUAUCUAAGACAUUCAUGGUCCAUGAUGUGUUCUAUCAACAAAAAGAAUGUCUGAAACCUUGAGUUGUGUCACACCGCCUGUUGUUUCAUCAAAUCAGGCCUGUUGUCUAUGUCUUCGACUUUGCUGUCUUUUUUUUCUGUGGAGUUGGGGUUUCUCAUGUCGAAAGUCUGUCUCCUUUUUUUUAUUAAUAAACUUCUACAUAAGAA